CUCUGCCUCUGGAAACUUUCCCCCUCUCUCUCCGCAGAUAACUUGCAAUGACAAACCGUCUGCAGAAAAAAAAAGAAAAGGUGUCGAGCCGCGAUAUAGGAUGCCUCAGAGAUAGACAAGCCUAAUGACGCAACUGGUUUACUCAAUACAGCUUGAAAUAGUGAGGGACAGGAUAAUACUUGCAGGGUUUCCCACGUUUCAUAUGACCAAAAGCAGGCUGAGGACUCAGGAACUGACAGAUAUAACGUGACAGACCCUCUUCCUACUUGUGGAUAUAAGCUCCUCCGGACACCAGGGACCAACAACAAACUUUCCACGAUGGCAUAUAUUCUGUUACUUUUUCUACCUUGUGUCUUCAGUGCACGGGCGCGCACAUUCGUCCCUGGGUAUGAAACAGUCACUUCCAAUGAGGCAUUCAAGGAGAGCCGGAAAGUUCUUACUACGACAGGGAAAGAAUGUAAAUUCCCGUUUCGUCAGGGUGGAAGGAUUCAUCAUCACUGCAUCACCUUCUUAUCCUCAAGACCGUGGUGUUCCCUCACACAUAAUUUUGAUCGGGACCGGAAGUUUGGCUUCUGUGCAGCGGAGAAAACCCGGCAAGGGGUUUUUUCAACAUUCAACAUUUGCCGGCCCAAUCCAUGUCUUAACAGAGGCGUCUGCACGGCGGUCCCUCAAAAGCACUCGUUUGAGUGCUCUUGUCCUGAGAACUUCACUGGGAGACUCUGUGAGCACAAAAAGUGCUAUGAAACCAUACACCUGCGCUAUUAUGACACGGGAGAGUCUUGGGGACGGAUUCACCUCCGCAAUGUGGAACAGUGCACAUGUAUGGCAGGGGAAAUCAAGUGUGAAAGAGCCCGCUACACAAAGUGCCAUUCAAACCCUUGUCAGAAUGACGGAGCGUGUCGACUGAUCAUAGCCACCGGGAAGGAAGUGUGUAGCUGCCAACGUGGCUACAGUGGACGUUACUGUAGCAUUGAGCCGGAGACAGAGUGCUAUAACAGCAGGGGCACGGGUUACAGAGGGGUCGUGGGGACAACGGUGUCCGGCGCCCGGUGUCUGCCGUGGAACUCAGACCUGCUGUACGACGAGCUUCAUGUGGGCACGGUGGUUGCUUCGCCCCUCAGGGGCCUUGGGGAACAUGCCUACUGCAGAAACCCAGAUGGGGACAAGAUGCCGUGGUGCUACACGCUAAAUGACAGCGCCAUCUCCUGGGAGUACUGUGACGUCCCGCCCUGUGUGAUGCCUGUGUCUUCUUCGAGGCUAUUCAACAUCCAGCCCAGCAAUAAAAAACCCAAACCCACCAAACCAGGCAAGAAGCAUGUGUGUGGGAAAAAGCACAAGAAGAGGUUAUCAUUUGCCAGGGGGCGGAUAAUGAGUGGGACCUCAGCUCUGCCAGGCACUCACCCUUGGAUGGCGGCCAUUUACAUCGGGAAGUCCGACUUUUGUGCCGGCACCCUGGUCUCCUCUUGCUGGAUCGUCUCUGCGGCUCACUGCUUCUUUCGCAACCCACUGAAGUCUCAGAUUCGCGUGGUGCUCGGCCAGCAGAGAUUCAACAUCACCGAUCCCAACACCAGGACGUUUGGAGUGGAAGAGUACAUCUUUUCAAACCAGUUCUCAGUGUUUAAUCCAACACUGCAUGACAUUGUUCUGGUCAAACUGAAGAAGCAGGACGGGCGGUGCGUGAGGAGAACCCCGUUCAUCAGACCCAUCUGUCUUCCAGAGAAAAGCAUGACGUUUCCUGACCACUACUGCUGUACGAUUAGCGGCUGGGGACACGUGCAUGAGAAGGCGGAGGGUUACUCAAGUCUGCAGGAAGCCGGAGUGAGACUGUUUCCUCAGGAAACGUGUAGAAAGCCGGAGGUCUAUGGAAACCACGUCACUGCUGACAUGAUCUGCGCGGGGCUCAAUGGUUGCGUCGACGCUUGCCAGGGCGACUCUGGGGGUCCUCUGGCUUGUGCGAGGAAUGAUGUCAGCUUCCUGUAUGGGAUCAUCAGCUGGGGAGAGGGCUGCGGUCGCACUGGAAAACCCGGUGUUUACACCAGAGUGGUGAACUAUGUGGACUGGAUCAAUUCAGUGAUCAGACGCAAACCCAAGGCUUCAUGAUCGGGCCUCACCAGGACAUUAGCUUUUAAAAUAUGAGAUAUUGUACUAUAUUGUAUUCUUGUUUUUUUUAUGUAAUGCUUGUGAAAGUCUAUAGAUUAUAUUUUUUAACUGUGAAACAUUUUCUGACUAAAUAAACCUUUACUGACUU